GGCGGUGAGGGUGAGGGAGCGGAGCGGAGUGGGAGCGAUGGCGCGGCCCGGCGGGUUCGAGGCGGCCGAGCAGCAGGAGGAGCAGCAGCAGCAGGAGGAGCAGCAGCAGGAGGAGCAGCAGCAGCAGGAGCAGCAGCAGCAGCAGCAGGAGGAGGAGGAGGAGGAGGAGGAGGAGGCGGAGGCGGAGGAGGAGGAGGAGGAGGAGGAGGAGGAGGUGCUGUCCCGGCAGCAGGAGCGGCACUACCGGCUGCUGGCCGAGUUGCAGGCGCUUGUCAAGGCGCUGCCCAGUUCCUGCCAGCAGCGCCUCUCGUACACGACGUUGUCCGAGCUGGCGCUGGCGCUGCUGGACGGGACCGUGUUCGAGAUUGUGCAGGGGCUGCUGGAGAUCCAGCACCUCACCGAGAAGAACCUGUACAGCCAGCGGCGGCAGCUGCACAGCGAGCACCGCGGGCUGAAGCAGGAGCUGUUCCAUCGGCACAAGGAGGCCCAGCAGUGCUGCAGGCCCCACAACUUGCCACUGCUUCGUGCAGCCCAGCAGCGUGAGAUGGAGGCUAUGGAGCAACAGAUCCGAGAGGAGCAGCGAAUGAUGGAUGAGAAGAUAGUAUUGGAAUUGGACCAAAAAGUAAUCGACCAGCAGAGCACCCUGGAGAAGGCUGGGGUGUCUGGCUUCUACAUCACCACCAACCCCCAGGAGCUGACUCUACAGAUGAAUUUGCUGGAGCUGAUUCGGAAGCUGCAGCAGAAGGAAGCUGAGGCUGAGAAGACUUUUUCUUGAAAGAGCAAAUCUGCUGUUCACGUCCCAGAGUUUUUCCUCUGAUUUCCCUCUAAACAACAGACUGUCCAUGCAUUUGCUUUGUAUUGUGUCAGGAAGAGGCUACAGGAGUAGAAGAAAUUGCUGAGACACUUAGAUUAGAGCUGGGGCAGGCAGAGCCCAGUGCAGGGGGUGGUUGGGAGCCUGGGGUUGGCUCUCAGAUCCCCAGGAUCUCAGGAUCCUUAGAGCAGUGUCAGCUGCAUCUGGCUCAGCUGGGAGCUGAUGGAGCAUGGCCACCUGCCAGGAAUGUCCUGCAGUGAUACUGAGGCCAUCACUGAGCCACAGAGCCCCUGUGUUUAGAUGAUAUAACUGGUUGGGGGAAACAAUUCCAAGGAUGCUUCUGUGUGUUGUUAAAGCAGAAACAACCUCUUAGACAGGCAGACCCUUCCCAGAGUCUCCUCCAGGCUGGUACCAGCAUUAUCUGUGUUCGUUUAUCUGUAUGCUGGCCAGCAGUAUCUGUAUUAAAGGAGGAUUUCAGGCCUCAACCCAGAGUUACUGGACUGGUGUUAGCAGUGUUCCCACUGGCUUGGAAAGCAGAGCUUUUGCUUUGUUCUUUUAAAACAGUUUCCAAAUUAAGAGAAAUAAAACACUUUCCCUCUGGGAAAAGGGCAUUCAGCUUUCUGAAUGCCAGUGGU